AUGUCAUCGGCCGCUCUUGGUCCAGCAUUGCUCGACGGGUCGACAGUGCCUCAAUAUGGAGUGUCACAGCCAAUCUGCACAAAUCAACCUUCACCAGCCGAUAAAGAGCUGACUUCAAAGGUAAGGACUUUGUUUUGUUUGGUUUUCGAAUUUUAGGGAGAGUUGGGUGAAGAACUUGGUUAAUAUCUACGUUUUCUGACUGGAAAAUGAAAUUAAAUUUUAACAAAUUGUUGAUGUUAGACAUUGAUGUAGCUAGGAAGACUUUUGAUUAAACAUGUUGUUUUAGUUGAACGAAUGCCUGGAAUCCUUCAACGUGUUCGAGAACGAAGAAGAGCUUCAAAAGCGUAUUGACGUUCUUCGCAAAAUCAACACAUUGGUCAGGUCGUGGGUGAGGUCAGCAUCAGAAGGCAAAGUACCGCCAGAGGACUUGGACAAAGUUGGCGGAAAGCUAUUCACAUUCGGCUCAUACAGACUCGGGGUACACACAAGAGGGGCUGAUAUUGACAGUCUUUGUGUGGCACCAAGACAUGUUGAGCGAACAGAAUUCUUUAAAACUUUCUAUGACAUGCUGGCUGAGGUGAGGUUUUGAAGGUUUUUGAUGAAUAAAGCUUGACUUUAUUAAAGUAAAGUCCUAUUUUAUCAGUUUUAGUUUAGUUAUUAUGAGUCUACAGGCUUUUUAGUAAUUGUCUUGGUGGUAAUAUAACGGUUUUGAAUGUGUUUCCGUAUUUUACAUUUAUAUUAUAGUAGAAAGCGCGUUUUCAUGGCACUUAUAGCUUAUUUUGAAACGUUUUAGGAUGAAAAUGUGUCCGAUUUGCACGCAGUUGAAGAUGCCUUUGUACCGGUAAUCAAAUUACAGUACUCCGGCUUGGAUAUUGAUAUAUUGUUUGCACGUUUGGCCUUGAGAUCAGUAUCAGAAGAGGAGGAUUUAAGCGAUGAUAUGAUGCUCAGGAAUCUGGAUGAAAAAAGCAUACGAUCACUUAAUGGUAUGUUUAGUAUAUUGAAAUGUCUUUUUAAAUAAGUUAAUAUAAUGGAGAUUAGCAAAAUACGUUCUUUUCUUUCGUUUCAUAAAGUGGCGUUUUUGUAAUUGAUAAAGAAGUAAAGAAUAAUAUUUUGAUUCAGGUUGUCGAGUAGCAGAUGAAAUCCUACGAUUAAUUCCUAACAGAGAGAACUUUAUCACAACGUUGAGGGCAGUGAAGCUAUGGGCUAAAAGUAUGUUUUUUCUUUUAUUUUUAUGUUUUUAGGCAUUUUUGAGAUAAAACAGCAGAACUACUUAACUAGUCUUAAAAGCUAGCUGAAUAAAAUAUCAUCUUUGAUUGAAACUUUUUAGUUCGAAAUAUCAGAAAGUUUGUCAAUGUUUGAGUUUUAUUGACUAUCAGCAAUGAUGAAGACACUUUGAACUGAUGAAUGACAAGUUUUUUUUAUAUCUAAAACGUUUUUCCAACGUUUAAUAUCUAAAAUUUGUCUUUCAAAGACGAGUUGAGAAGCGAACUGAGCUGAUUUUUCAAUAUUUUGACUUAAUUUUGGUUAGAACCAGGAUUUUUUAGCGAUUUUUUUGGCUAAAAGUUAAUCUAUGAAUUGUUCUGACUUGAUGUCUUUAGACCACGGCAUCUAUUCGAACGUUCUCGGCUUCUUGGGUGGAGUAUCAUGGGCUAUUCUCGUAGCCAGAACCUGCCAACUCUACCCAAAUGCAGCUCCAGCCAUACUACUGGAAAAGUUCUUCCUAGUAUUCUCGACCUGGGAAUGGCCACAUCCAGUGUUUCUCAAAGACACUGACAAUGCUCAAAGACCUGACGUGCCAUUCCUAAGAGAACUUGUCUGGGACCCGCGUACCAGAGUCGCAGAUCGUUAUCACCUGAUGCCAAUCAUAACUCCAGCUUUCCCAGAACAGAACUCCACAUACAAUGUGACAAAGUCGACCCGACAAGUUCUGAUUCACGAGUUUCAAGAAGGCCUAAAGACAAUGUUGGACAUCAUUAACAAGACCGCGUCAUGGUCAAAGUUGUUCGAAGAAGUGAACUUCUUUUCAAGAUACAAGCACUUUUUGGUAUUAUUGUGUAUCACUGAGAACCAUGAUGAUCACGUCAAGUUCACAGGCUUGGUCGAGUCGAAGAUUCGUAUCUUGAUCUCGGCAUUAGAACGGAAUCCAGCCUUGAAUAUUGGGCACGUCAAUCCAAAACAGUACAAACCGAAGCCGGAUGCUGAGAUUCCAGCCCCGUAUGAGUGAGUUUUUGUGAAAAUGAACUGGAAAUUUGAGUUUUAAAAAAAAUUUUAAUAAAAUUUGUUAUAGGUUUAAGUUUCUUAAAAUACUUAAAAUUGUCUACUAUAAUAUUAUUUUUUUGAAAAACGAGAUUUUAAAAAAUUUUUUAAAAUGAAAAAUUUGUAAAAAAUCUACUUAAAAUUAUAAAAUUUGUGAUUCCAGAAACCCGGUUUGCACCUUAUGGUUCAUUGGCUUGGACUUGAACAGUCAAAUGCGCCGUUCCAUCGAUCUGACAAGCGAAAUUCAACAGUUUAACGAUACUGUCACCUCGGCUGGCUUUGCAUCGAAGACCUACAAAGAGACGAUGCUUGUACAGCCAAGCUAUGUGAAAAGGAAUGAGCUGGGAAAAUGGUAAGGAAUUUGACUUAUCCAAAUUUUAAGUUUUGUGUUAAUUUUAAAAAUUGAUUUUGUAGGCUAACAGUGGAAGAAUUGACUCGGGGCCGAAUGCAAGGCAAACAGAAGUCAUCAGCUGUGAACUCACCACUACUCAGCUCGCUAGCCCGUUCCAACUCGGUUCAAGCUGAUAACGUAGGUUUUAAAUUAAAAAAUGUCGUGAACUUUUAAAGGAUUUGAUGUAGAAGCAAUGUUUUACAACAAGAUUUUUUGUUUUUUUAGCUCAAAAAAAUGAUUGAAGCUUUUUUUGACUUCAGUUACCUUAUCACUUUUAAAAUUUUUGAAAUGUAAUUUUUUUGUAAUUUAACCUUUUAGAAGUCGACGCCGCCUCAAAACGGCCCACCAACGACGCCGACGGUGGCUUCGACGGAACGAGCUAAAACCCCAAUCGAACAGUUGAGCCAGAAGAUUGAACUACCGGAGAACGCGGCCGAACUCGAGGCCAUAAACCAAGUUCAACAACAGACGCCGGUCCUCGAAACACCGGACGACGAAGGCAAGUCGGAAGAGGAUUCUGGAAAGGAAUCCGAGAAGGAGGAGUCCGAAUCGACGAGGACAAAAGCAUUCGACCGACCGUUACCCUACGGAUACCCCAUGUUUGUCUUUUUCGAUCAGUCUGUCUCUCCCAAUUCCACAGUCUUUCUGCCUGUCUAUUCAUCGUCUUAUUGCCCGCCGAUGUUCAUGGAUCCAGCUUACUUUGCGCGCAUGGUCAGGUACAGCUACUCCCAGCACAACUACUUUUGCACGAGAGCAGCCUACGAUCUGGUGUCACGGAACAGUCCGAACAGUGCUGACAACUGCAAGUGUGGAAGAGCGGUGUCAGGAAUGGCGGAUGAGAUCUACAUGGAGAUGGUAAGGCUUAAAAUGAAGGUUUUUAAUAAAAUGGAUGUUUAUGUCAUUUUAGAUAACAAAGCGAUGAUGAAGAACACUUUGAACUGGAAAAAAAGUCACUAAAACUUAAAGUUUUUGUUUUGGUGAAAUUUUAAAGCUAAAUUUGAAGCGAUCCUGAGCUUUUUUAUUUAAAAAAUAACAUUUUAGGUAAUAAGCGGUCGAAAAUAUACAAUAUUUAGCGGAAAAGUUAUGUUUAGAGUAGAAAAAUGAAGUUUAGUUGCAUUUUUAAAAGGGGUUUAAUGUUAUAAAACAAUUCUUUUUAUAUUGUUCAAAAACUAAUAAUUCAUUUCAGGUCCAAAAGAACAAGGAAUGGCAGCUACAAAGAUCACGACAAGCCAUCAAACGUCAACGUGCCCAACAAGGCUACAAAAACACGCAGGCUAGCCGAUAUGCUCCUUACUAUCAAAUGGAAUCGAACGAGAAACGGGAUAGAAUCAACCUGCUGAGCAUGAUCAACGACCUCACCGUUCACACCAAGUCUGCCACUCCGUCGGUGUCGGACUCGCAGGCAUCGUCGGGCUAUGAGACGGCCAGCUCCUGCUCAUCCACUCCCUCUCCAACCUCACGGACUUUUGUAACGACCAUUGACGAUGAGGUGUUCGAAGCACCGCGGAAAACUGACUCCACUGACGAUGCCUCGACGAUAUCUCGCUCCAACUCGAUCAAGUCUAUGGAGUCGGUGGAGCUGGCGCCUAAGAAGCGGACCCAAGAGGAAUGGAAGCGAGUGAAGAGCAAGAAACAGAGACGAUGGAGCAACAACAGAAGCAAAGAGGCUCAGAAGGAUAAGAGGAUCUACUUCAAGGACUACGAGGAGGCGUUUCCACCGUUGGACAGCUAA